CCAAGCUCGCGGCUGAAACCGAGUAGGCCUAAAUCAAAUUGAAAUCAUUGCAUAAACCAACCAACCAUCGCAAUCAUCAACCAAACUUCUGGUAGCCAUGUCGGUAAUUUACAAACCACUAGAUCCAAGCAAGCAUGAAAUUCGUCUGUUGCGAAUUAGCCCGGCCAACCGAAGAGUCUUCCCACGUACCAUCGACUGUACUCUGGAAACUAUUUCGCUGGAUGACAGGACAAUCGCGCAGUACAUUGCCCUAUCAUAUAUGUGGGGCCCGGCACCUCAGCCCGAAAACGCUAGCUCGUGGCCAGAUGUCUACGUUGAUGGGGAGCUCGUCAAUGUAACAGCAAACCUGAAUCUUGCACUUAUCCAUUUCAGCCUUCGCUGUACUCAGGAUGUUCAUUUCUGGAUCGAUGCCAUAUGCAUCAACCAAAAGGAGCCAGUGGAGAAAGGCCACCAAGUGGGUCUAAUGCGAAGAGUGUAUGCAUCUGCUCACGAAGUCUGGGCAUGGCAAAUUCCUUUGCAGAGUUGCAAACUUGCAAUGAACUUCCUCACGGAGGCUUCGAGCCAUAUGGCAGAAGAAAACAGGGGCGACGAUCCCCGGUCCUCAGUAUCUACGGUGUGGCUUCGUCAGCAACUGGAAAACGCCGAAUUGAGAACCACAUGGGAAGGCCUAACGCAGCUACUGUCACAACCUUAUUGGCGACGCAAUUGGAUCAUUCAGGAGCUGACUGUCAAUGAACACGUUCACAUUGUAUGUGGGUUCCAGACAGCUCCUCUCGAAUUACUGAUCAAUGUUUUGGAUGGAUUGAUUGCCUUGACUCUCAGUGGAGUGUUUUCGACGGUCAAUGCGAACAUCCAAGCAUCUGCGUACGACUGUGGACAGAUACUGCUCCUUAAAAGCAGAGGCCCUGACACUUUGGAUGCUCUGCUUCGACGUUUCACCAAUUGCAAUGCCUCCGAUCCUAGGGACAAGAUCUAUAGUCUUGUUGGUAUCGCAGCACCCUAUCCUAAUGUCGAGUUACGGCCAGACUACAAUGUUGAAUGGCCAGAAGUGUUCUACAAGGCUACCAAAUACAUCAUCCAGGGCAGUAGGAACUUGGAUAUCCUGGCCUCCUCCGCUUCUGGGACCAAUGAGCUUCCCUCUUGGGUACCUGAUUUCGCUAAACAGAGCCCGCUACGCCUAGGAACGAACGAUAAGGAGAGAACUCCAGCUCCGUUUCCGAGUUCAGAUUAUUUUAAUGCCGGAGGAAGAUCAUUUCCUGUAGCACUGUUCUCGGACGAUUGUACUCGACUCACUGUUCAUGCAAUGUUUGUCCACAAUCUAUCAUAUAUCAUACCGCAACGGCAACUCGAUUCUCGGUUGGCUCCCAUCGAGGAGUUACGACGGCGUCUCCAAUUUCUAGUAAUUCUCUUCCUGGAGUCCGCCAGGGCACCUGGCAGCAGAGAACUACCUGAAGAGCCCGUCGUCACGGAGCUAUGCGCAUAUGUCUGUCUGCGUUUCUAUGAAGCCACGAUGCUUACAUCGAAUCUAUCAGACCUAGUGCAGCAAGUGUGGUCUGCUACAGAUUUUGUACAGUUUUGCUUGAAAGUCAUUCCAGGGGGAGGUCGAGAGACAGACUGUACGCCGGAGCAACUUGAUAUUCUUCAAACUGCGCUCUCACCGUUCAGAUCCUUGAUCUGUUGCGAACUUAAAGCCCCUUUCUCGCUUGUGGAGGAUUUUCAAGCAACCGCUAUGAAUUCUUCGCACGUCCACUCCAGGACAAUUACCACUCUGAGACAAUGUAGGUUCCUUAUGCCCGGAUACUGUCGCAACCGUGAAGAAUGGGGCUGGCAUGGAGACGUGAUAGCUAUUGUGCUGGGAUGUAAUGUGCCGCUCAUACUCCGGCCGGUCUCUAGACCUGGAGAAUUGCCAACAGUAAUGCGCAUUGUGAGUGAAGCAUAUGUACAAGGAAUCAUGCAUGGGCAAGCGCUGAACAAAUAUCCGGUACAACAGAUCACAUUGGUCUAGACUGUCAAACAGCCUCUCAUAUAUUCCUCCGAAAAGGCUCAUCAUGGUGGCUGCACUGCAGAUGGUUGAUCGAAUUUCGAUUUGAUUGAAGCCUACUUGCGAUUUUUCCCCGCAG